AUGACUAAGGAUACUUUAAUAAUUAAAACUAAGGGCAAAAUUUCAGUCAAAGCAGAGCAAAACAUUAUAGAAGGCUUGGCAAAAGCGGAUAAGUUUUCUAGAACUAAUAAUCCGGAAGUCUAUUCUAAUUUAGCUAGUUAUUGGGCUUGGGAAAAACACCGAGGACAGGAACGAGAAGUAGGGAUUAGAGAAUUUAUGGAAAGGUUUCCAAAAGAAGGUCAAUAUAAUUUAAAAUAUGGCUUUAUUUUUUCUUCUCAUUCUCAACAAGAGGAAAAUAAAGUUUUGGAAGACCAAAAAGAGGAAAAUGAAGAAGAGAAAAAGUUGGAAAAGGAGAAAGUUGAAGUUAUUGAGCAAAAAUCAAAAAUGAAAUAA